CUACGAGACAAAGCUGCUUGUAGAACUAAAGGCUAUCCAAGAUAUCCGUAAGGAAAAGUCAAAACGAGGUGUAUUUUCGGAUGCGAUCAAAUUGGUGAUGAAAGAUAAGACCGAGGUGUAUGACACACUUGUGCAAUUGACAGGCCUGGCAAUGCAACGGGUGCUGAAGAGUACAGCACUAGAACAGGCGCCAGGUGGCGAAAUUUCGAUCGAUAUUCGAGACAGUGACAUUGAUGCGGCUAGCGACAAAGACCUGACAAUGACAAAGGUGGGGGCUUUGCCCGCGUCCGAAAUCCGCAAAAUGAUGCAGCCGCUGAAAAUGGAUUUGGAAGCACAAAAACGCGACGAACGAUUCCGUGCACGGUUCCGGUUACCAGCGACCGAGCCACUCUUGAUGAAUGUCAGCGCCGCCCAUUUCAUUGAAACGGAAGAGGGUGACGAGAAACGAAUUCACGGUCGGAUGUGUCUCUCGGAAGCGUUCUUGACCUUCAGCUCAACCGACAGAGGUCAAUACUACGAAGCAAUCAUACCCCUUUACACCAUCCGUCGAGUAGAACGAUUGAAUGAAAAGAUUCAUCCUUUUGCGAUAAAGCUUGUAAACUGGCACCAGGCUCAUACGCAAUUCCGUCUCAACGUUUCGAAACAACAGUAUGAAGAAUUCUCAAAUCGACUCACUGCCAAUCUGCGCAAGCAAAUCAAAUCUAUGAAGAUGCUUAAACGAUUCUUGACCACGUGUCCGUCAGAGCUUGUCGUUGCUGAUAAGACAAAUACAGAAAUCGAUCAAUCACCUGGUGGACUUGGUCUCACCUUUGGGUUCCCUGGUGAUGCAAAGAAACUCAAGGACAAAAGCAAAAUGAAGUUAUGGAAGAAAUAUUUCAAUGAGUACGGCCGAAAUUUGACCAUCGUCAAGACUGCACAGUUUGGUCGACUCGUCCGUGUUGGCUUACCGAACCGUUUACGCGGCGAAAUAUGGGAAACGUGCUCCGGCUCUAUCCAUCAGCGAUUCAUGAAUCAGGGCUUAUACACUAGAAUUCUGGAGGAAAAUAAGGAUAAGACUUCGUUUAGUCUGGAGGAAAUCGAAAAGGAUUUGAAUAGAUCCUUACCAGAGUACUCUGCAUACCAAACUCCUCAAGGCAUUGAUAGCUUACGUCGAGUUUUGAGUGCAUAUUCUUGGAAGGAUCCCGAGCUUGGCUACUGUCAAGCCAUGAAUAUUGUUACGUCGGCCAUCUUAAUUUAUAUGAGUGAAGAGCAAGCUUUCUAUACGCUGAGUGUACUAUGUGACGAUAUGUUGCCCGGAUACUAUAGUACAUCCAUGUACGGCGCUUUGCUAGACCAGAUUAUUUUUGAGCACUUGCUAGAAAGCACCAUGCCUGUAUUAUUCAACCACUUUAAAAAGACGGAUAUCCAGCUCUCAGUCGCUUGCUUGCCCUGGUUUUUAAGUCUUUAUAUCAAUUCGAUGCCUCUACUGUUUGCCUUCCGAGUCCUUGAUUGUUUCUUUAUGGAUGGUCCCAAGAUUUUGUUCCAAAUUGGGUUAGCUAUUCUCAAGAUCAACGGUGACGAUUUGAUGCGCACGUCUGACGAUGGUGCUUUUAUGGAUGUACUCAAAAAGUACUUUAACUCGCUGCAUGAGCCGCUCUAUCCGGAUUCUGAGAACGUGAAAGCGCGAACGUUAACGCGAUUCAACGAGCUAUUACUUGUCGCAUAUCGUGAAUUCAGCAUUAUCAGCGACGAAAAAAUCCGAGAACUUCGACAAACGCAUCAACUCAAGGUUGUUGCUGGCAUUGAGUCAUUUGCCAAACGGUCGACGAUUAGGAACAUUGAUGAAACAGCUGGUUUUUCUAAAGAGGAAAUGGGUAUCUUGUACGACAAAUUCUACAAUGUCCUAUAUUACCGCCAAAAGCAACAACAAAAGGGCGAUCGAAUGGAUUAUUCAGCGUUUGAAAAGUUCAUUGGCACUUUGGCCGAUUGGGCCAAGUUCCCCAUGUCGGAACAUCCAAGCGACCAGGAUGAACGACAAAAUAAGGUUGGUAAAACGUUUAUGGUGCGACUCUAUAAAAAGUUUGAUCGAGGCGACCAAGGCAGCGUGAAUCUCCAGGAUGCAAUUAUUGGUCUGGGUUCGAUUCUCAAAGGAAACCACAACGAUCAAAUCUCGUUGUUCUUUGAGUUACACGACGUGGAUAAGGACGAUUAUCUGAAUCGAGACGAACUGUUGCAAUUCUCAGAAACGCUACUAUGGGUAUUCCGGGAUCAGCCUGACGACGAUGAGGGACAGCAUCUGCAUGCCGUGUCGACGUUCCUACGAAACGCAUUUGAGUAUUCUGAAGUCAAAGAGGAAGGCUCGCAAGAAAAGUUUCUUUCACUCGCAUCAUUAAGAAUGCUUGUCUUGGCGGAUGAAGUACUCGAAACCUUUUUCGAGCAUGAGUUCUCGAGCUCGUUCCGAUUGGUGGAAAAGGCCGUUGAAAAGCAACGUAGUCUUGGCAGAGAAAUCUUUGACAGUUUAUUUGCCACAGGGGUCAGGUUUGCCAACAGUCGACCCAAGGUUCUGCCGCCAUCAUCACCCACCAGUGUUUCAUCUCCCACAGGCAGCGCCAGCAAUACCAGUGCGGCAUCAUUGUCUACAUUGUCUCCACAGGUUACCAUAAAGGAUGCUAGUAGUGCUGCAACGGAACAGACGCCGACGUCCUCCCCAAGCCCCGCUUCCUCCCCCGCAGAUGCGACCAGUAACAGCAGCACUGCUUCUACUGCUGCUGCUGCUACUGCUGCUGCUGCUGCUGCUGAGCAUGAGCCACACAAGCCAGAAGAGGAAAAGACCAAGAAGCCGGAUGAGGCUAAAAGGAACGAUAAGAAUGGCGAUGGUGCUGAUGUCACUGCAGCACACACUCAGAGCGACGAUGAGGACGAUGACGAGGACGAUGACGAUGAAGAAGGAGGGGAUGUCUUGGAAGAAGUGGAUAGGUUACUCAAGGAAUAUGGAGACGACGAUGAAAAUUAACCGCCCGCACUGUGAAUUUUUCAUUUCUAUCUUCUUUCCCUCUUUCCUUUUUUAAUUAACUGGGUUCAUCCCAAAAGCCUCAACGCACCCACCUCCUUUCAUUCACUCAAAUCCCCACCCACCCCCCCUGCGUAUAUAUUGCCUUAACUUACCCUCUACUGCUGUUGGCUCUCUAUAAAGUGGCUGGUGCUUAUAGCUUUGUGU